GCUGAGCUCGAGAGGAUACACAGGCAGUUCAGUCUCUGCUGUCUGAGACUCCAAGGACAUUUCUUCUUCAUUUCCAGUGUCUUUAUGUUUGGGAACAGAACUUAGAAAAGAUCUGACUUUUCUCGGUUACUCUUGAAUUCGUGAGCUACUCGAGCUGUUUAAUUAAAAUGACGUGGCUGGAUGAAUUUGGGAGAUUAUGCGCAGUUUUUCUGGCCAUUUUACUUGGCUUUUCUUUUCGAGGUGCAUACUGUGAGCUGGUGGUUUCUAAUGUUGGCCCUUCCCUGGUGAAUGCUGUUGCUGGCACCAAUGUGACUCUGGCUGUGUCCUUCGGCGGUGCCACUGACCCAGCGGUUACCUGGUCAAUGGGAGAUUUACCUGUCCUCACAUGGACUAUUGACUCACCUUUUCCCCCAGACAUAGACGACAGCAGAAAGGAAGUGCUGAGGAUUGAGCCAACUGGUUCGCUUACUUUGGUAAAAGUACCACUAAAUUAUUCCAGUGUGUACACCGUUGAAAUGACUAAGUCUGGACUGGGAAAAGCCUCGACUACUUUCACUCUAAAAGUAUUUGAAAAAAUCCAAAAUGUGAUUCUGAGCGCGAAGCCUGAUUUGGCCAUAGAGGGAACUGAUGAGUUCACCCUGCAGUACAGCAUGCUCCACGGAGUGGUCGAGCAAGAGAAGUGGUUCUUCAAUGACAAAGAAAUAAAUAAUGGCUCGCACUACUCGGUGAGGGAAAAGAGCCUCGUGAUCCUCCUGCCAAACCGAAGAGACACAGGAGAGUACACGGUGUCACUGGCGAACCCCUUCAGUAAUGUGACAGCUCGCAUGCAUGUCGCUGUGCUGUAUGGACCAGAUGAGCCCAUGCUUGAGGUCCAACCAGCACAGCCUUUCUAUGUAUCAGGAGACUCUCUGAAACUCUCCUGCUCGGCUGAGGGGUCCCCACAGCCGACUGCUGAGUGGAUUUUUGACAGUCAGACCCUUAACAGUUCCACGAAUGGAGUCCUAAAUCUAGCAAAUGUACAGCCCAGUCAAGGAGGCGUUUAUAUAUGCAAGCUGCGCAAUAACAAGACUAAUGAACAGCGCCAAAAGAAUAUGACGUUAGCAAUUUAUGAGAGGCCGUCAGGAAACCUGGUGUGCUCUGUGCUGUCUGUAAAUAACAUCGACCUGCAGUACCUCUGUCAGUGGUUGGGGGGAACCCCACAGGCUCUGCUUUCUAUGCCGGUGCUAAACAACUCUGGCAGUGGAGCAGGGAGCUUCAGCCUCACUCUCAAUGCCUCGGAUAACCUCGACGGGAAAACUGUCACGUGCAUGGCAUACCACCCAACUGAACAAAAUAAGUGCAAUAUCACUGCAAGUAGUCCAAAGGUGUUCCUGCCAGCUGUGAGAACCACAGUUGACUCUGAGGGCAAAAUAGUGGUCACCAUCAACUGUGUCAGUGAAGCCUCGCCUAAGGCUGUGGUGUCAUGGUCCAAAGGCAACGAGACUGUCACCAUCGGCACGACGUACCAGAUCAGAAAUGACACCACACAGCUUGAGAUUCGGCAUUACAAUGUCAGCAACUUUCUCCUUCAAAACUACACUUGCACCUGCCGCAACCCACUAGGCAGCCAGAGAAGGGAAAUUCAGUUGAUGGGACCGUCGAUCUCAGAUUCCAGUUUGUUCCCUAAUCAAGAUGGAACCAUCAUCACUUUGACCUGGGAGGUCCCGCCUACCUCUGUUGUAACAGGCUUUGACAUCCAGAUGAAAGGGCCAGCCCUCCAGAGCAAAAAUCGUAAUGGCACCCAAACAAGAAGCAGCUCACAAAGCUUUCAGACGAUCCAGCAGAAACCUGGAUCUGCCAGGAAUGCAGACAUCUUCCCCCUUGAUCCCAACUUGACGUACAGGUUUCGGAUAAUCCCCAAAGCUCUAAUGACUGAAGGAGCGCCAACUAAGGCCCACAGAAUUGGUCCAGGUGACGGGCUGAGUGGAUCUGCCAUUGCUGGCAUUGCAGCUGGAAUCCCCUGCAGCCUUCUCUUCCUGCUGCUGCUGGGAGGCAGCAUCUACCUCUGUGUCAACUGGAACAAGAACAAAAGUCGACAGACAAGAUAUCCAGUGGCCAGAGCAGUAGAGAAGACAAUAACAACCCAAACAGACUCAACUCCUCAUAACCUGCUGACAGGAGGGCUAAAGUCUCCCCCUGAUUACAACCGAUUACAGCAGACUCCCUCUGAGAGAUCAGUGGCUCUCCCUAGCUUCGUCCCUCCUCCGCCUGUCAGAGUUGCUACAACUGUCUAAACUCCAUAAUUAGCUUUUCUAUGUUUAUUUUGUACAGCAUGCUACGUUGUUUGUUUUUUAAUUUAAUGUAUGAGAUUUUCUACAUUUUUUAUCAUUAUUUUAACAAAAAUAAGGUUCAGUUUCACAAAUGUAUUUUAAUUGAGAUGGAUAUUUGUAUUACUUUCCUAUAUAAUCUGCAAUGUAAAACCCCAUGUUGUGGUAUUUAUUACUAAUAAAUCAAAGUAUAAGGCAGGC